GUUGAAUAUUACAAGGCAUACAAGAUACACAAGUUACUCUGAACUCCAAAAAGGAGAUUUUAUGUUCAUUUUCGUUGAGAACAUUACAUUUACACUUUUAAGCCCAAAUGAUGGAGAAUGACAAUGUGAAGGGUAUCCUAAAGUCGGCGGCGAAUAGCGCACAACUGUCCCUCAAGGCGGCCAAAUUCGAUGAGUUGAACAUACUGGCCACGUUUCAUCCUGUUGGUAAGGAUUACGGCCACAUGGUCAUCGAUGAAGCGAAGACUCCGUUCGUCUUUGAAGAUGAUUUACCCAAGGAGUUGGAUACGAAUGCCCUGAUCGAGAAGUUGCGCCACACAUCUAAGUCGGAAAUGCCAGCAUUUGGGAUCGAAGGUGACUCCGAUGAUUCCUCGGCGGACGAGGAUUUCCCAGAAUCGGUGGAGGAGAAAGUCCGGAGGAUGGAGUUCGAGAGGCGUCGUAAGCUGCACUACAAGGAGUUCUUUUCAGUUCCUUUGGCUCGUCGUCUUAUAGCCGAAGAAUUCGCCGAUUUGACCAGCUCCGAUAUAAGCAUCCAGAGUGAAAGGACAAUUAAAAGCUACGAGGAGGUGUGCUGUGAAAGUUGUCAUUCGUACGAAGAAGUUACAAGUAAUGUAAUGGAUAACAGGUCUACACAUUCGGGCAGUCAAUCGGGAAGCAGGGCAUCGGAACAUUAUGAGCCCGAGCCCGGAUCUUCUCCCAGCCAUCCCUGCUACCAAAAGCUACGAGCCGAGAUCUAUGACCAAGCCCCAGUGGAAUACGCCUCGUUGACUCAUCUUCAACAUUUGCCCUCGGUUAACGACUCUGAAAUUAAUCAAGAAAUUGCGGUGCCACACAGUUCGGCCAUUGCGAGUGCUCGACCCACCAUUAUGGAUUCAAGACCUGCCUCCAUAAAAUCGAAACCUGCACGUAUAUGCAAAACAAUCUCCAAUACUCGGGCUUCGACCUCGAAGAAAACAAUCCCCUAAAAUCAAUCCGUAUUUUCAUGUAAUUUUGAACAAGUUUUAAAAAAAAUUUUAAGGUUUAGCUGUGAAGAACACUGGUCUUAAGCAGAUAACACGCAUUCGUUUUAACAAUAAAAACUGCGGCAAAUUUA